AUGGGAACUGCUAUACCAACUGACAAACCUGAUAUUAAUAUCAUUAAGGAUGGUCCCUGUCUGGAUGCAGCUCAGGCUAGUAAACUGUCAGCUCCAAUUUCUAGAGAUGAGAUUAAGAAUGCAGUUUUCUCAAUCAAUGACAACAAAGCCCCAGGUCCAGAUGGGUUUAGUGCUUCUUUCUACAAAGCUUCAUGGGCAAUAAUUGGUGAAGAAGUUACAAUGGCCAGUGAAGAUUUUUUCAGGACAGGGAAACUUCUGGGGGCAAUUAAUUCUACUUCAAUAUCACUCAUUCCAAAGGUUAUUUGUCCCAAAAGCCCUUCAGAUUUCAGGCCUAUAUCCUGCUGUAAUUGCCUUUACAAAUUUAUCUCUAAAAUCAUUGCAAACAGAGUUCAAUCUGUCAUAGGCUAUCUUAUUAGUGAGGCUCAAAGUGCCUUUGUUAAAGGGAGGAAUAUUACAAAUAAUAUCAUGCUAGCUCAUGAGCUCAUUAAGAACUAUGGGAGGAAACAUAUAUCACCAAGAAUCAUGUUAAAUAUAGAUAUAAGGAAGGCAUUUGACACAAUCAGCUGGAGUUUUAUUGAAGAGAUAUUAUCUGGCCUGGGCUUUCCUAGCAGCAUGAUUAAAUGGAUUAUGGUCUGUAUAUCCUCUCCGAAAUACUCCAUCUCUCUCAAUGGCUCUCUCCAUGGAUAUUUUAAGGGGGAAAGGGGUUUAAGACAAGGAGAUCCAUUGUCUCCAUACUUGUUUAUUCUUGGCAUGGAAUAUCUCUCUAGAAGUCUUAACCAGUUGAAACAAGACAGAAAAUUCAAAUACCAUCCAAAGUGUGGAAAAUUUAAGAUCAGCCACCUGAUAUUUGCAGAUGACCUCCUCCUAUUCAGCAAUGGGGAUCCAUAUUCAGUGCACAGGUUACAUCAAUGUAUCUCAAAAUUCAGUGCAACCUCUGGCUUAGAAGCAAAUCCAAAUAAAUGUUCUAUCUUUUAUGGGGGGGUGGAGAAUUCAGUCAGGAACUCCAUCCAUGAUCAGUUGGGAUUCUCCGAAGAAAUUUUCUAUGGGGGAAAGAAUGAUCAUGCCUCCAAAACAUCACUAGUAUCUUGGGAUAAAAUCUGUCUUGGGAAGAUAUUCGGUGGAUUGGGGAUUUAUUCAGCAGUUAUUUGGAAUAAUGCAUCUGCUCUAAGGACUCUUUGGUAUAUUCAUAUUAACAAAGAGUCUUUAUGGAUCAAGUGGGUUCAUGAAACAUAUUUAAAACACAGAGAUAUCUGGCAGGUUGAGGUGAGAAAUGGUGAUUCUUGGAUGUGGAAACAGCUUUUAAAGGUCAGGGAUAAGAUGUUAAAUUUGUAUGGAGGUGCUGAAAAUCUGAAGUUGUUAAUCAACUCUUGCUACAAUGCUCCAAAAGUACAUCUCUCUAGUUUGUAUAAAUGCCUAUGUCCGAUAACAACCAGAGUACAAUGGCAUAGCACUGUCUGGGAGAAUCUCAACUACCCAAAACACUCUUUUGUGUUGUGGCUUGCAGUCCAGAAUAGGCUUCUUACACAGGACAAGUUGAUAAGAAGAGGAAUUAUCCAAGUUAAUAGCUGCAGUUUAUGUGCAGGAGCUGAAACAGAGAGUAGAGACCACCUUUUCUUUAAAUGUGAUUACUCAAGGGAGGUUUGGAAUGGGGUCAUGGAUUGGCUAAAAUACAAAUGGAGAGCAUGUGAAUGGAAUCUGCUGAUGGAUUGGUAUAAUUGCAGAUUGAAAGGGAAGGGGUUUAAGCAAAGAACCAAAAGAAUGGCACUUGCAGCUACAGUGUACUGUAUAUGGAAGGAGCGAAACAGCAGAAUCUUCAAGCAGAAAGUACAUAAUGCAGCUCUUUUGAUCAGAAGCAUUAAAAUUGAGAUGCUGACUGUCAUCCUAAAUAACAGCUCCCUUUCGGCUGAAUUCAAGGAAUGGAGUUUAUCUUUAUAG